AAAUAGACAUUUUCUGCAUCUUAUUUUUAAUGCUGUCUGGCAUGUAUAAACUUUCAAUAAAGCUUGUCUCUACAAACUGAGGCAUUAAAUCCAACACCACUGUUUUGUUGUUUUUAAUAACAUUAAUUAUAACUGUGCAUCUGAGAGCACUGAACCUGGACCAGCCAGGAUCUGACUGCAUACUUGGCUACUGUGUUUACUAUCAGUAUCAGUAUCAGAUUUUAAAUGUAAAGUGAGGAUCUGAUUUGGGAAUACUGAAGACACGUGAUGUAAUUACUGCAAUAUAUGUUUUAUUUUGGGUGGCUGUGUUACUGUUGUUGAAACAGUAAAAGAUUCUGAGACUCAGUUGGUCAUUCUCUUUUAAAAAUGAAUUCACAUCAUACCCUCUUCCUCACAGCUCAUCUGACUGUGAGUCCCAGCAGCUCUCAGUUUUUUAAAUAUGACUUUAUAUCUCUGAGCUGUGAGGAGGACGACAGCUCUGCUGGAUGGACUCUGAGGAGAAACACAAGCAAACAACAGAGGACUCAGUGUGGAGAUGAGUGGGGAAAACCAGCUGAGUCUUCCUGUACCAUCAGCUACACUGACCCAUUAGACAGUGGGGUUUACUGGUGUGAGUCCAGAGAGGGUCCCAUCAGUAACAUGGUUAACCUGACAGUCACUGGUGGAUCAGUGAUCCUGCAGAGUCCUGUCCUCCCUGUGAUGGAGGGAGAUGAUGUCACUCUGCUCUGUAAAACAAAGACCACUCCCUCCAACCUCCCAGCUGCUUUCUAUAAAGAUGGCUCCCUCAUCAGGAAGCAGCCUACAGGUCACAUGACCAUCCAGCAUGUUUCCAGGUCUGAUGAAGGCCUCUACAAGUGUGACAUCAGCGGUCAUGGAGAGUCUCCAUCCAGCUGGAUCACUGUCACAGGUGAGGAGCUUCACUCUGAUUUCACCUCUUAUUUCAUCCACAUAUUCACCUGAACAGGUGGGAUUCUCUCUGCAGAAAAACAAACUACUACAGCUCCACCAACCACAUCAGCUCUUCCCUCCUCCUUCCUCCAGUGUGUAUUCAGAGUGUUCCUCCACCUGGUGGUGUUCUGUCCGUACUUCAUCUCCACUCUCAUGAUGGUGUCUUUAUAUCGACGCAGAGCCAAAGGUAACACUCUGAAUCAUUCUAUGAUCAAUCAAUAUGCUGAUGAUUGAUCAGAUUGAUCAUCUCUUUAUCUGAACUUUUCCUGUGUUAGCAGCUGAUAUAAUUUUGUAACAAUUAUAGGAAACUACAUGCAUGUCUCUGUGGUAAAGAGCUCACCCAACCAGGCUGAGCAGGGAUUGAAAGAUGUCACUGUAGAGCAUCACUUCUGAAGCAGAGCUCAUGUUCAGCCUCAUAUUGAUGGAAAGUUGUUCCUGCUCUGAGGAGGAUUUAUAUCAUGUGCUGCCUAUGUAUCACUGUAGCUCUGUACAAUAAGUAAUGUACAAGGGAGUUAGCUUAUGUUGUGGAGUUUUCUGUUAAUAAAGUCUGCAACGCGAUCAGCUGUGGCCAGCCUUUUUAAUUACUGCAUGCAGGAGAGCAAACAGACAGCAAAUAUCUUAGUUGUGCACUCAUGAGAGCUCUGCCUCUGAGACGUCGCAGUGUGUCUUUUAUAAAAUCACACACACACACAGAACUCCUGCAUCAUAAACAUUUGACUGUAAAACAUUAUUGAUUGUAAAACACUAUGACCACUUUGUCUACAGUCAUCACACUGACUUACUGUAAGCCUUUGUUGUUCAGUGUUACACUUACUAAAGACAGUACAUUGGCCUACAUAAGUGCACUGUAAAAGAUUUCAGAAUGUUUGUAUACAAACACAAAUACAUGGUACCAAAUAUAUUUACAGUAUUUUAGGUGCACAGUGUUCAUCCCAACCAACACAAAGUUGCACAUACUGUGGUCUACAUAUACAAACAACAGAAGAAUUUACUGAAUACAUUUACAGUCGAAACAAAACAAAAAAACAAUGAUGCUCCAUUCUCUUUUCUAGAUCCAAAUACGUCAGUGUUUGGAUAAUGUCCCAAAAUAUGUUGUUGUUUUAACCACCACCAGAGUCUAGACUCCAGGGCUCCUGACCUAAGUCCUGUCACCGCUGGAUCGCUUUCUGCCAAAUAUUGCCAAUUUCUCUAAAUACAUUAGUUUCUCUAUCUCAAUAAAUACUGUUUAAUUCUUCCAAGUUAUCUCAUUAUUGAACCAGUUGUCCCUGAUGGAUGAUACAUGUAUAUCAUUCAUAUGAUGAAUGACUUAACACUAAAAUUACUCACUUUUUUCUGUUGAAGACUAAAAAAUAAAACGAUGACGACUGAGGCUUGGAUGGAGCUCUGGCUGAGAUGUCAGUGAGGUGGAGAUGGAGAGGAGGUCGGUUGCACAAAUCAGAGUCUGAAAAUGAUAAUGAUGGAGGACACAGAUUUAAACUGUGAAAAGUUGAGGCUGAUUGGUCCAAAGAAAGCAAGCGAGAAGAUGAAUGGACUAGAGUAAUGAUGACAGUAUUGAGAUUGACGGCUACUGCAUGGUAGCGAUGUAGAAAAUGCAAAGGCAGCCUAACACUCAGGAAAACAGAUGAGUCAUUACAGAUCUUUGUUAUUGAACUAAUACACAAGUUUCAUAACAAUCGCAGUGAAAAUGCAAAAUGACAUACAUCUUUGUAACAUGAGUAGUUUUUUUCCCUUCUCUCACUGUUUCUGCACAUCUCACAAUGACAUGUCCUAAUAAAAUUAAUUAAAAACAUAACAUGCCCGUUUUAAACAAGAAAGGAAACUCUUUCUUGUUUAAAAAUAUUACAACUUUAAAUCAUCCUAUUUGUGCUUUAAGGGGGAAAGAAUAUAAACUUCCAACAAUUCUCUAAACCAGCACAAGAUGGCGCUCCAACACAAGGAAUGAAAUCGUCCCUGCUCAGGCAAGUCAGCGAUCACUACACAUCUAAUUAACCUCUGCUCACCAGAAACAUGGAUCUACAACUACUCCACUUUACACAGCCACACAAUGUAAUGUUCAAAAACACAUUAGACAUUUAAGGAAACAAACAAAGCCCAAACACAAUUAACAAAUAAUAAUGAUCCAAUAUUUGUGGUAAUUACUAAUCUGCAUUUAGCUAAAGUGUCAAAAUAGAGAUCCACUUAGUUCACAACAGUGCUCUGCUUUGGAGUCUGUUAGGAUGAAGUCCCAUGACUGAGCAAGGGCUACUGGGUAAUGAAGUCCCACUGAUAUAAUCUGGACUUUUUAUGCAACUAAACUGAGUGAGACUUUUGUCUUGAAUUCCAACUUUAUACCGAACCAUAUUUAUAGAGAAAAUAUAAACAGUGCAGUGUCAGAGUAGAGGAUAGAAAUCAGCCAGGAUGACUGUGAAACAUCUGCUGACAUCUUGUUGAAUUAAGUGGUGUAAGUUCACGAAGAGCCACAGGUCAGCUGAUCACAUCAUGUACACACAAAAAUAAAUAGUGAAGCUCAGAUUAGAAAUUAUUAUGAGGUGUGACUCUUUUCCCUGUGCUCAACCUUUGAAUCCCAAUUUAACCCUAGACUGGUGUAAUGUUACAGUUUAGGUGUGUCAUGUAGGCAACAGAAAACAGUUAUUUUCUUUACAUGUCUCCUACCUUUUUACACAUUUGACAAUGAAUUGUAAUUUAGCUCAAUAUGAUACAGCUGCAGCGUUAACAUGCAGUCUGAUAAUUAAUGAUUAUGUCUAAUUCACACCACAAAUUAAAUGGCCUGGAUCAUCCAUUACAUGUAGAAUGGAGCUGUAACUGGAUCACUGAAGUUCUUAAAUUGUCUACUCUUUUAAACAGACAUCUCCAAAUCAAGAGCCAGUGGACCUGUCCAGUCACACCUGAAGCUCUUUCCUAGUGGUUAGCAACAGUGCUAACCACUGCUCCACUAGGCUGACCUAUAAAUAUAAUUAUAUUCUUUAUAAUUAUUAUGUUGUACCUUAACCACUAAUGUACCUUAGCACCAGAGAUGGGUUACAAGUAACGCGUUACUGUAAUCUGAUUACUUUUUUCAAGUAACAAGUAAUGUAAGGGAUUA